AUUUCCUUGUACUGAUAAGAAAGCACUCCAUUUAAAGGAAAAAAGGACCCCAUUGCCACUAAUACAGUAGAAUGGUUCCAGAGUUUGUAUUGACGUUCAUACUUGGCACAGUUUUCGUCAAUGGAAAACUGUACGAAAUCCCAAAUAAUUUCUCACUAGGGGUUGCUAUCUCGUCCUAUCAAAGUGAAGGAGCGUGGAAUGUGAAUGGUAAAGGAGAAAACAUUUGGGAUCAUUUAACGCAUACCCGCCGUAAUUAUUCUUACGACGGUUCCAAUGGUGAUAUUGCCUGUGACUCGUACCACAAAUGGAAAGAAGAUGUUCAACAACUGAAAUAUUUGGGUGUUGACCAUUACCGAUUUUCAAUAUCAUGGUCGCGGAUUUUGCCGUCCGGAUUUUCAAACGUUAUAAAUCCCGACGGAAUUCGAUAUUACAACGAUUUAAUAAACGAACUUUUGAAAAACGGUAUAAAACCAUUGGUAACGAUUUUCCACUGGGACUUGCCACAACCAUUACAAGAUUUAGGAGGAUUAGCAAAUCUCAAAGUAACACAGUAUGUAGAAGAUUAUUCUAGAAUCCUUUUCCAGCAUUUUGGAGAUAGAGUUAAAUGGUGGAUCACUUUUAAUGAACCUCUAUCUUAUUGUUUGUAUGGUUAUAAUGGCGUUGUCGCUCCAGCUAUUUUAUCAUCAGGAGUAGGCUCCUAUUUGUGCGGUAAAACUUUGCUUUUAAGUCACGGCAAAAUAUUCCGACUUUACGAAAGAGAAUUUAGAAAAGAACAAGAAGGAAAAGUGGGUAUAACAGUAAAUAUAGCUUGGUUCAUGCCAAAAACUAAUUCGGAGAAAGAUAAGGAGGCAGUUGCUAGAGCAAACGAUUUUUUGUUCGGUUGGUGGAUGCACCCCAUCUUUUCUAAAGAAGGAAACUAUCCAAAACGUAUGUCAGACAGAAUUGAAUAUGUCAGCAAGGCUGAGAAUUUUUCGGAGUCCCGCCUACCUCCAUUUACCAAAGAAGAAAUUAAACUUAUUAGGGGUUCAUACGAUUUUUUUGGUUUUAACUAUUAUUUGGCCCAAGUAAUUCAAGAUGAUCUUGUAACUCCCUACAAUCCUCCUUCAUUUGAUCAAGAUGUUGGAGUUGUUGCAACAACAAUUCCUGGUGUCGAAGAAACUGAACACAAUUGGUUUCCAAUUUAUCCUCAAGGAAUGGGUGAUGUGCUUCGGUAUAUACACAAAUUGUACAAGGGCGUGCCCAUUAUUAUCACCGAAAACGGGUACCCGGACAGUGGUCAACUUUCCGAUCCAAGACGAAUUAAUUAUAUUCAGCGGCAUUUAAUAGAAGUUCUUAAAGCAAAAGAAGAAGGGGUUAAUGUGUUUGGUUAUACUUACUGGAGUUUUAUGGAUGAUUAUGAAUGGCUUUAUGGCUACUUGCAAAAGUUUGGACUAUUUAAUGUUGAUUUUAAUGAUCCAAAUAGAACACGUACUCCGAAGGCAUCUGCAGAAUUUUUCCGUUUACUCACGAAAUACAGGGUUGUACCUUCAGAUACUAUUGAUUGUUAAAAAUAAAUAAGAAACCAAUGCAUUCAACUAUUUCUGUAAAAGGAUUAAUUAAAAUGGUUAAAUAUA